CAUUUCUUCAUAUUCUCAUCGUGCGCAUCUUCUUCCUCUAUCUCUCCGGCGGAUCUUCUUCCGGGCGUAUUAUACCGCUAUAUUCAGGCUAUUAUAAGCUUUAUCCAACCUCUACCAUCUAAAAUUUUCUCCACAUCACACAAGCGGAUUGCAGCUGUUAUUUUAAGGAUGAAGGGGAAAAGGUUGGCAGUGUUUUUCAGCGUGAUUCUGGCCAGUGUCCUUCUGACAGAGGCAGCGCGGAACAAGAAAGACUCCAGCAGUCAGAACAUCUUGAGGAAGGCGGCAAGUGUGGUCUAUCAAACCCUGAGCAAUGUCUUCGGAGAGGAGAAUAUCAAGGCUCUGUACAAGUUCUUUUCGAAGACCACAGAGAGCUUUGUCCAUGGAGUUGAUUCAUUAUUGGACACCUUGUGGAAACUAUGGGUGGAUCUUCUGGAUGUUCUAGGAAUCGACGCUUCUAACCUCACUCACUACUUCAGCCCAUCCUCCGUUUCCAGUUCACCGGCUCGUGCUCUCCUCCUGGUGGCAGCCUUUCUGGUGGCCUACUGGUUCCUGUCUUUGUUCCUCAGCUGGUUCUUUUACGUUCUCCACCCAGUGUUUGGCCGCUUCCUCUGGCUGGCACGCAUUGUGCUGUUCGCUCUCUCUUGCCUCUAUAUUCUGCAGAAAUUCGAAGGUGACCCAGAAAAGGCAGUCGUACCUCUGUGUAUCAUCAUGGCUGUGUACUUCAUGACCGGACCUGUGGGAGCAUACUGGCGGAAAGGGGGCGGAUCCGGAACUCUGGAGGAGAAGAUCGACCACCUCGAUACCCAGAUCCGCCUUCUCAAUAUUCGCUUGAGCAGAGUGAUUGAAAACCUGGAAAGCUCGAGCGACCAGUGAAGCAAUGGGAAUUUUUUCCCAACCUGAGAAUCUUCUUUCUUGCCCCUUUUUCUCAGGAUUUCAUCAAUGCAAAGACUUUUAGUCAGGCAAGUUGUUCGUAAGUUUCUUUAAUUCGCCAGUCAGUAGACAAAAAGGUUCAUAACAUUAACCCUGUCGAUGUAGAAUAAAUUGGUGUCCAUUUUAGACCGUAGCCAUCCGAGUAAAUGUCAAGACUUUUUGUAUGCUGUGGAUCUGUGUGUUAUAGUAAGUUUGUGCGUGCUUGGAAGUCUUGCCUUGAAUGUGUGUUACUCCAUGAGCUUUGUUUUAUUGUUUUAUUAGUGUGUUUGCAUUUGUAUAUUUAUCAGUACUUCAUGAAGGUAAAUGUCAUAAAGUUAGAAACACUCCCAAGUGUGAAUGAUGGCCAAAAUCACUGCAUUUUAUCUCUUUUCAAUGAGGUCACCAUGGGUCACUUUCAAUUCAGGACCGUCUAGCGCUAUCAAUGGUAGAGAUGUAUGUAGAAAUCACUUUCAGAAAGCAACUAGUCAGCAGACCGUGAGGAUAUCUGACCACUGUUUCUGGCAGCAAUUUUACAGUGCUGCAAUGCACCCUGGCAUCUCUGUCCAAAAGAAAAUGUGGUUCUCAUGUGGUAAGAUUACUAAGUACAGGGUAAAACCUGGCCAUGCACUUUGUUCUCAGCAUGUGAUCAUGAAUAACACAAAUUUUGGGUGGUUUCUGAUUGUCCUUUCUUGACCUUAAGAGGUGUCUGCGCUGUGUAUACACUGUAUUUUAAUGUACUCGUAUAGAAAGGGAUUGAUUUAUUCAUCUUUUAUCCCACUACUGUAACUAGGAUCUUAUUUAUACUGUAAUUAUGAACAAGGUUAUUGAUAACAUCUCUAACUGUAAUUGUAUUGUUAAAUAUCAGCUGUCCAGCUGACUGCCCGUUUCAGAAUGCCUCGUUAUUGCACGUCCGGCUGUCUUUAAGAUCUAACCCAUGUCUUACCUCUGAAGUUUUUGAUGCAAAUUUUAUAUUUUGUUCUGCUUUUGCAAUUUGAUUUUAGAUCUUUUUAUAAAUGUGCAUGCUACUUAAACUUUGCUUGAAAAAAAAAUGUUUUUGUUUGUUUAUAUACAUAUGUUUUGAACUUUCAUUCCCUACUUGCAAGGCGGAGUAUUCGUGUUAUCUGGUAUUUUUGGUUUGUUUAAUUUUUUUUUUUUACAAUAUUAUCAAGUAUUAUGUAUGGUCAGUAUUCAAGUAUAAGUAUCAUUACACACUUUCAAAAUAAAGGUACAAAUGCUGUCGCUGGGGCGAACCCUUUCAAUAAUGACACAUUAUGGGUGCAUACUAGUACUUUGUAGAUACAUUUUGGCUUAAAGUGACAUAUCUACCACAUAUUAGGACCUUUUUAAAUGUUACCAUCCAGGUGACAGCUUUUGCAUUGUUUUUUUAUUGACUGUAUUACAGAAAAUCCUUUGGAAGUAGGUUAUGUUUAAAAAUUAGGAACAUUUCAUAUUUGCGUCACGAUAUUCUGAGUGAAUCGUGCAAACUCAAAUUAUUGUGUUUUUUUAAUACUAUCUCAGAAAUUAAGGUACAAACGUUGUCACUGGGACGGUACCUUUUAAAAGGGUCCUAAUAUGUACCAUUUUGGUACUGAUAUGUACUUUUGAGGUACCUGUAUGCAUCCCUGAGGCACCAAUAUGCACCUUUUAGGUACAAAAGUGUACUUUUGAAAACGUACCGCCCCAGACAACUUUUGUACUUUCUUGUACCUUUUUUUCUGAGUGCGUACUAAAGAUGUACCAGCCUGUUUAAAGUGACCCAAAUUGAAUUUGAUAGCUGUCUCAUUCACUCAAAUUACAAACCCUUUAUAAACCCUAUUUGUGUUGUGUGGAUGUUAUAUGGUUUUAAAAUCAUACAUACAAGCACCAGCUUUAGUGUGAUUUACCAAAUGAUAAUAAUGUACCAGCAUAAUUGUAAAAAAAUGCUAUCUGUGUGGAUAAGUAACCACUCCCCUAUGUAGACAAACUUUCAUGUGUUGAUGUGCUUGUGAAUGGUUUUGCCAUAGUAAAACACUGGAUUUGUGUACCGUCAAUUAUUUUAUUUCAUUGUAGUUGCAUGAAUCUCAUUCCAGCAGUGCAGCCGUGAUUUAUUCUGGGAUUGCAUUGCAUAUUUGACCAGCUGUUUUGUUUGACCAACCUUUUCUCAUUAUCGCAACACUUUUCAAAUCCUCAAUCAAACAUUUUGAAACAUCAUGUAUGUAAUGUAUUAGUACAUAAGCUUUUUACCUCAAAGAUAUAAGAGUGCAGUUCACUGCAUAGACCCAAGUGUCUCUUAGAUCCCAUACGACUGCGCCAGUGCCAACUAUUGUGUGUUGUGCAUUAUGUUUUAUCUCUAAAUGCAAAGCACUGAAUAUUUGUCAGUCAGUCUGGACCUUAAGCAUCUUUGCAUACAGUAGUAAACGCCUAGAUUUCAAUCAGGUUUGUCUAUGUACUGCAUAAUUUUCAUCAGGAUUUUCACCUGCAGUGUUGCUUGCUGUGGUAUUAUUUGCACUGUCUGUAUCACAUUGUGUGUUAAUGAUACAUGUUAAAAAAAAGUUUUUCUCAAAGAUGAAAUGGUGGUCCAAAAAUGAUUUAAUAAAUGUGAUUUGAUCAACA